CACCCAGAGUUGGAUCAACUCAGAGACAAACACCCGAAUAGACUCCAUGUCCUGCAACUGGAGGGCACUAAUUAUAACAGUUUCCCUGAGUUUGUUAAACAAGUGGAGGCUAUAGUGGGUGACCAGGGAUUAGAUACCCUUAUAAACAACGCGGGAAUGGCUUUUCGGGAUCGUUUGGAUUCAGUGACCGCCGAAGUUAUGGUCAAGAAUUUUGAAGUGAAUUCUGUGGCACCGCUUAUGUUAACCAAAGCAUUGCUGCCAUUGCUUAAGGGCACAGACUAUCACUGUUUCCCGGAGUUUGUCAAACAAGUGGAGGCUAUAGUGGGUGACAAUGGUAUAGAUACCCUGAUAAACAACGCGGGAAUAUUGUUACCUAAACUCCUGGAUUCAGUGACCGCUGAGGAUAUGCUUAAGAAUUUUGAAGUGAAUUCUGUGGCACCGCUUAUGUUAACCAAAGCAUUGCUGCCAUUGCUUAAGACAUCAGCAGCAUCUCGAAAGACGUCGGUAAUUAAUAUAUCAUCCAGUUUGGGGUCUAUUGAGUUGGCUACCAGACCCGGGAUGACUAUAUACCCGUACCGCACCAGUAAAGCUGCACUCAAUAUGAUCACCAAAUGCCUGGCGGUUGAUCUCAAACCACACAAUAUCCAUGUGAUCAGUAUAUGUCCAGGUCAUUUGAAAACGGAUUUGGGUGGACCUACAGCUCAGUUGGAAGUGAGCACCGGCGUGUCGGGUGUGUUAAACGUGAUUAAGACUCAGAUAACCGAUGAUGUGCUGGGCGCCAAUCGGGGGAUUGGACUCGAAUUAGUGCGACAGGUGUUGACCACAACUCACGCCAAACAUGUCAUCGCAACCACUCGUCAGUCGUCUCACCCAGAGUUGGAUCAACUCAGAGACAAACACCCGAAUAGACUCCAUGUCCUGCAA